CAUUGAUUCCAGUUGGGCUUACACAGAAACCAACCUCUUUUUUUUUUUUUUUUAACUCGGUGAGGAGUUUUUCUUUGAAAAAGUAGUUUCUUUGUUUCAUUCUUGUGUAUAGAUGGAUGGAUGCUCCUACUAACUUUUGUGCUAAUACACAGAGCUAGAAAGAAAGGGAGAUGUAAGGAAGGAAACAGCUAUGUUUUUUCUUACCUCAUUAAACGAUUCCCUUACAGCUUCCUAAAUAAUAACUGAGCUUUACCUCAGCUUCCUGUUUGCUAUGAUUAGUUUCUUCAUUUAACUUCUCUCUCUCUCUCUCUGUCUCUCUCUCUCUCACAGACAACAAAAAAGAAAAGAUAAAAGAAAAAAGGUGCCUGUUUUGAUUUGGAUUUAAUGCUCUUGCAGAAAAGAAACUUAGUAUUGAACCAUAAAGUGGAAUAUAUCAUAGAUCAAAGAAGGUGGACCACUUUGUUUUUCCUUGCAAAUUUUGCGCUCUAGCUCCUGCCUUCUAAGUGGGUUUUGUUUGUAAAGUAUAAAGGAUUGAUUUUGAUGAGCUUUCCCAGGUGGAUUCUUACAGUGUUUGAGUCUGUCAUUGGGGAAAGGGGGUGAUUUUGAUGAGUUGUACUGGUGGUGGAGCUGGGGUUUUUGUCAAGUUUUCUAGGCUCUUUGUGAAGAGACACAGGUGGGAGUUGGUGAAAAUGUCUAUUAAUUGCAAGCUUUCUGGUUCAAAUGGCACAUCACAAGAAAGUUUCAAGCUGAGGAAGUCAAAGGAGGUUUUGCAUGAAACUAAUUCUGCCAGGAAAUGGAAGAGAAAGUUUCUGCUUCUCUGGUUUCUAGGUGUUGCUGUUACUAUAGGGAGCAUUUGGCUUCUCUUCAGCUUUGAUAGUGGGGCAUUGGGAAGGAAAGGUCAGAGUCUAGAUUCGUGUGAAGAAGGAGCUCAGGUCUUGCUUCGCCAUUUCAAUGUCAGCAAGAACCAGCUUCAUGCUUUGGGUUCUUUGUUCUCUGAUUCAGAUCAGGUAGCAUCCCUUGAUUGUACCAAGGAACCAGGACCGGAAAUGCUAAUAAAUGAUGGCAUUGCCUGUGCACUGAAGGUACCAUGUUCAAAGAAGCAGGAAUUUCAACAGCACAUCAGAUGGGUCGCUGAAGAUGUAGGGCCUAAUGGAAAAUGCCCGGUUCAAGAUGAGAAUGAAUUCAGGAAGCUUGAUCGAUCAUUGCUGGAUGAGUCUGCAUCAUUUGUUUCACAAUCUACAAUUUCAUCAAUUUCACAGGAUUUUGGAAAGAGAAGGGAAGUGGACUGUGCAGAAGAUCAUUGUAAACUUUUUUCAUUUGAUUUGGUAAAAGAAUGCUGGUGGGUCCUUGUUGGAAUGAUAGUGAGCUGCAUACUAUUGGGUUAUAACUUAAAAUUUUGGAGGAAACAAAAUCAGAAGCUAGUUCAGCUGGAGCCAGUGCCUCAGCAGCGGCAACAAUUGUUGCAGAUGAAUCAACAUCAACUAUCCCACAGUCCUCCUAGAGGUGCUGGCAAGUGGAGGAAGAAACUUCUUAUAAUAUUUGUCCUGCUUGGAGUGCUUGUAUCUAUUUGGUUGUUUUGGCACUUGCAUGAAAAGAUAAUAUCAAGGAGGGAAGAGACUCUUGCUAACAUGUGUGAUGAACGGGCACGAAUGUUGCAGGACCAGUUCAAUGUUAGCAUGAACCAUGUACAUGCCUUGGCUAUCCUUGUAUCCACCUUUCACCAUGGAAAAAAUCCUUCUGCUAUUGAUCAGAAAACAUUUGGUGAAUAUACCAAGAGAACAGAUUUUGAGAGGCCACUUACUAGUGGUGUUGCUUAUGCUCUAAAAGUUCCUCAUUUAGAGAGGAAGCAAUUUGAAGAGCAGCAUGGAUGGACAAUUAAGAAAAUGGGAACGGAGGACCAGACUCUAGUCCAAGACUGUAUUCCAGAUAAAUUGGAUCCUGCACCCAUCCAGGAUGAAUAUGCACCUGUGAUUUUUUCUCAAGAAACAGUCUCUCAUAUUGUCUCAAUUGACAUGAUGUCUGGAAAGGAAGACCGCGAGAACAUCUUGCGAGCAAGGGCAUCUGGAAAGGGAGUGUUGACAUCUCCUUUCAAACUUUUGAAAUCGAACCACCUGGGAGUUGUACUCACAUUUGCUGUCUAUAAUACCGACCUCCCUGAUGCUACACCAGAACAAAGAAUUGAUGCCACUGUUGGGUAUCUUGGCGCAUCUUAUGAUGUACCAUCUCUAGUGGAGAAGCUUCUGCACCAACUUUCCAGCAAGCAAACAAUUGUCGUGAAUGUUUACGAUACAACUAAUGCAACCGCUCCCAUUCUCAUGUAUGGUACUGAUGUUACUGAUACUGGCCUUCUGCAUGUCAGUAGCCUUGACUUUGGUGAUCCAUUGCGGAAGCAUGAAAUGCAUUGCAGGUUCAAGCAUAAACCUCCUUUACCCUGGCCAGCAAUAAAUGCAUCAGUUGGGCUCCUUGUUAUUACUCUUCUUGUUGGCCACAUCUUUCAUGCAGCCAUUAAUAGGAUUGCAAAAGUUGAGGAGGACUAUCGUGAGAUGAUGGAGCUCAAAGCUCGUGCUGAAGCUGCGGACGUGGCAAAAUCUCAGUUUCUUGCAACUGUUUCCCAUGAAAUAAGGACCCCAAUGAAUGGUGUUUUAGGUAUGCUGCAAAUGCUGAUGGAGACUGAUCUGGAUGUAAACCAAAUGGACUAUGCCAAUACUGCUCAUACUAGCGGAAAGGAUCUAAUUGCACUGAUCAAUGAAGUUCUAGAUCAGGCUAAGAUAGAAUCAGGCCGGCUAGAAUUGGAAGCAGUUCCCUUUGAUCUGCGUUCUGUUCUUGAUAAUGUUCUAUCACUAUUUUCAGGAAAAUCCAAUGAAAAAGGGAUUGAGUUGGCUGUUUAUGUUUCUGACCGGCUCCCUGAAGUUGUUAUUGGUGACCCUGGACGGUUUCGGCAGAUAAUUACAAAUCUUGUUGGAAAUUCGAUAAAGUUUACACGCGACAAAGGGCAUGUGUUUGUUUCUGUGCAUCUGGCAGAUGAAGUGAGAAGCCCUCUUGAUGCCAGGGAUGCAGUGCUUAAACAAGGCCUGGAGUUAGUUCAGGAUACAUCAAGCAAAGUUUAUGACUCAUUGAGUGGGUUUCCUGUUGUCAACCGAUGGAAAAGUUGGGAGAAAUUUAAAAAGUCAAGCUGCAUAGAUUCUAGGGAUGAACCUGAAAUGAUUAGACUACUAGUUACAGUUGAGGAUACAGGAGUGGGAAUACCAGAAGAUGCACAGGGAAAUAUUUUCACGCCUUUUAUGCAAGCUGACAGUUCCACUUCACGAAAAUAUGGUGGAACUGGAAUAGGAUUAAGCAUUAGCAAAUGUCUGGUGGAUCUCAUGGGUGGGGAGAUUGGGUUUGUUAGUGAAUGUGGCAUUGGCAGUACCUUUUCAUUUAUUGUUUCUUUCAGAAAAGGAGAAUCAACUUCUCUGGAUACAAAGUGGCAGCCUUAUGAUCCAGCUGUUUUGGAGGUCCGAGGAGGGAGAGCCCUGGUAAUUGAUGAAAGAAGUGUCCGAGCUGAGGUCACAAAAUAUCACUUGCAGAGGUUGGGAAUAACUGCAGAUGUAGCUCCCAGUCUGAAGUCAGCAUGUGCAUAUCUAUCUAGUGGUUACUGCACAAGUAUUCCAGCCGAUUUGCCUAUAGUUCUUAUUGACAAAGACGCAUGGGACAAAGAAUCUGGCAUUGCUUUCCAUCAUUUGCUGAAAAUGCCCAAGAAAAAUGACGGGACAGAUAUCCAGGUAGACCUUUCAAAGAUUUUUCUCUUGGCUACCACCAUCAGCUCUGAUGAACGCUUAGAGCUAAAAACCUCUGGUUUAGUAGAUAAUGUACUGGUGAAGCCUCUUCGGUUAAGUGUCUUAAUCGCUUGCUUCCAAGAAGCUUUUGGAAGCGGUAAGAAGAGUGAAGUAAAUAGGAAGAAACCACCAGCACUUCAGAAUUUACUGAGAGGAAAACAAAUUUUGGUGGUGGAUGACAAUUUGGUAAACAGAAGAGUGGCUGAGGGUGCUCUUAAAAAGCAUGGAGCAAUUGUUACCUGUGUGGAGAGUGGCAAGGCUGCUUUAGAAAAGCUUAAACCACCACACAGUUUUGACGCUUGCUUCAUGGACUUCCAAAUGCCAGAAAUGGAUGGCUUUGAAGCCACACGUCAAAUCCGGUCUAUGGAGAGUCAGUUUAAUGAGAAAAUUGCAUCUGGGAAAGCAUCAAUGGAGCUACCUGGAAAUGUAGCAUAUUGGCACACACCAAUAUUGGCAAUGACAGCUGAUGUGAUUCAGGCAACAAAUGAAGAAUGUCUAAAGUGUGGGAUGGAUGGUUAUGUGUCAAAGCCAUUUGAAGAUGAGAAGCUUUACAAUGCUGUGACACGGUUUUUUUAGUCUAGUUGAUAGAGUGGAUUGACAUGCUAGAAGUUGCUUACAUCUCUUCAGCCUGCUGGCUGAUCCAUGUAUUUUGGUUGACCCUAAAUGCAUUUGUUUGGCCAACUGGCAACAAGCCACUGCUACGAGGUCAUGGAAGGAAUGGUCGAUGCCACAUUCUUCUAAUCUUUCCACCCCUCGUAAUUUCUUGCAUCAUGGAAUCUGAGCUUGCGACAAACUUAUGGGUUCAAGAAUGCAUGGAUCUGGUGAGCGCAAUCAGGGUUCUUUGAUCAGUUGUUGGCACCAUUUCCCACUCUGUGAUUGCUCCAAGAUGACGAUAGCUAAAUGAUGCUGGUGGCUUUUCUGCACAUACUAGUUUUGUCUACUAUUAUUCUAUUCCCUUCUCAAUUUUGUUUUCCAAAUUCUUCAUUCUUGUAGGCAGUUCAUAAAAUGUCACAAUGCUGCAUUCUUUGAACUCUAAUGAGAUGAUCAAUUCGUCUUUCUACCCUUGAUGGAUUUGUGCAUAAGAACAUGUGCAAGCUAAUGAGGUUAGAAUGUUGAACGAGCCAUCUAAUUAGGGUUGGGUACAGCAUUAUGACAUUUUAAUAUUUAUCUAAAUAUUCUCCCUCCAAGGAACAGCACAAUAAUAGCAGGCGAUGAACAUAUGAUGUGGUGAAGCCCCAGAGUGUACAGGAAACCGCAGUUACCAUGAGGCUUUAUAGGGAGCAGAUUUUUUUUUUUAUUCAAGUGUGAAUUUGUAUUCAUUCUGAUUGGUUCCUAUGGUCUUGCAUGUAGAUGAGAAUGAGGUGCUGUGACUGUUGGUUAUGUGUAAAGUAGGAGCUGUUUGUAACUCGUUCAUUCUUCGUUGUAUCAUAAAUUGUAACAUUGUAUUGUAUACGGUGUGAAUAUGAAGUUAACUAGAUUCUUUUUUGGGGGCAAA